UUUGAUAUGACUUGUGUGAUUCUCAUUAUAUUCGACUGUAGGUUUUUCCUUUUCAUCAGACUUGGUCAACAACAUCACCUUCAUCUUAGGCCUUCAAGAUCUUCACGAAACAAAUAGCCAAACAAAAACGAGUCUUGAAUUCAUUUUGAGUCUACAAAAAUUCCACACAUCUUCCUAUCGGAAUUAAAAAAAACACUUUCUCAAGAUGGCAUUUGGCAAAAAGACUGUUGUAAACUAGUAAGAAGCAGAUCAGACCAAAAGAGAAGAAAAAAUGGCAGGAGGGUCGUUUGGUCCGACCGGUGUAGCUAAGGAAAGAGCAGAACAAUACCAAGGGAAAGUCACUAGCUAUGUCAUCAUCGCUUGCCUUGUUGCUGCUAUUGGUGGAGCCAUCUUUGGUUAUGACAUUGGAGUCUCAGGAGGAGUCACAUCAAUGGAUGAGUUCCUUGAGGAGUUUUUCAAAACGGUUUAUGAUAAGAAGAAGCAAGCUCACGAGAGUAAUUAUUGUAAAUAUGAUGAUCAAGGAUUAGCUGCUUUCACUUCUUCACUCUACUUGGCUGGUUUGGUUUCCACUCUGGCCGCUUCACCGAUUACAAGAAACUAUGGAAGGCGUGCGAGUAUUGUCUGUGGUGGGAUUAGCUUUCUUGUUGGAGCUGCUUUGAAUGCUGGUGCUGUGAACUUACCAAUGCUUCUUGCGGGAAGAAUCUUGCUCGGUGUUGGCAUUGGAUUUGGGAAUCAGGCGGUUCCUUUGUACUUAUCAGAAGUGGCACCAACUCAUCUCCGAGGUGGUUUAAACAUGAUGUUCCAGUUAGCUACAACUCUUGGAAUCUUCACAGCCAACAUGGUCAACUACGGUACACAACAGCUCAAGCCCUGGGGAUGGAGACUCUCUCUAGGUCUAGCCGCAUUUCCAGCUCUGCUCAUGACGCUAGGCGGCUAUCUCCUACCUGAGACACCAAACAGUUUAGUCGAAAGAGGGUUAACAGAAAGAGGAAGACGAGUUCUAGAGAAGCUAAGAGGAACUCAAAACGUAGACGCCGAGCUACAAGACAUGGUGGACGCAAGCGAGCUAGCCAACUCCAUCAAACACCCGUUCAGAAACAUCCUCCAGAAACAGCAUAGGCCUCAGCUAGUCAUGGCCGUUUGCAUGCCGAUGUUUCAGAUCCUCACGGGGAUAAACUCGAUCCUCUUCUACGCGCCUGUCCUGUUCCAGACGAUGGGGUUCGGAGGAAACGCGUCUCUCUACUCAUCAGCGUUGACUGGAGCCGUUCUUGUCUUAUCAACGUUGAUCUCCAUAGCGCUGGUGGAUAAGCUAGGACGGCGAGCACUUCUCAUCAGCGGAGGGGUGCAGAUGAUAAUAUGCCAAGCUAUAGUCUCAGUGAUCUUAGGCCUCAAAUUUGGAGACGACCAAGAGCUGUCUAAAGGGUAUUCGAUAGUGGUAGUCAUCUUCAUUUGUCUCUUUGUUGUAGCGUUUGGAUGGUCGUGGGGACCUUUAGGGUGGACCAUACCGAGCGAGAUCUUCCCGCUGGAGAUUCGCUCGGCGGGUCAGAGUAUCACUGUCGCUGUGAAUCUUUUAUUUACUUUCGUGAUAGCGCAAGCUUUCUUGUCUAUGCUCUGUGCGUUUAAGUUUGGGAUCUUUUUGUUUUUCGCUGGAUGGGUGUUGGUGAUGACUGUUUUUGUUUACUUUUUGUUGCCUGAGACCAAAGGAGUGCCUAUUGAGGAGAUGACACUCUUGUGGAAAAGGCAUUGGUUUUGGAAAAAAGUGUUGCCUGAAGCUGAGAGUAACAAUAGUUCUGUAUGAAAGAUAGAUAAAUAUAAUAUUAAAACUGGUUUUGUAAUGUCAUUAGUUUUUUUUUUAAUGAUUUUGUCAAUAAUCAUCAAGAAAGUUUUAUUGCAUAUGUAAA